AUGUUUGUGAUGGCUGAUUAUACCAAGUUCCUCCUUUUGUUUCUGCUCUUGAGCAGCUCAUUGUUGUGUUUUGGUUCCGAACAUGAUAUCCAGUGCCUCAAGUCCGUACAUCAAUCAGUGAUUGAUCCCAACGGUGUACUCAAAUCCUCUUGGAACUUUGAAAAUGCCACCAGCGGUUUCAUAUGCCGCUUUACUGGUGUGGAAUGCUGGCAGCCCGACGAGAACAGGGUUCUCUCUCUGCGCCUCGGCAACCUUGGACUUGAAGGCUCAUUUCCUAAAGGUCUUCAAUAUUGUUCAAGCAUGACGGGCCUGGACCUGUGGAAUAACAAUUUUUCAGGACCGAUCCCUUCUGACAUUUUACAGCAGGUGCCGUACCUGACAUCUCUGGACCUUUCGUACAAUAGUUUUUCGGGUUCGAUCCCACAGAAUAUCUCAAAUAUGACAUAUCUGAAUGUCCUCAUCCUUCAGCAUAACCAACUCAGCGGUCAAAUUCCACCGCAAUUCGAUUUGCUUACUCGGUUAUCGACGUUCAAUGUUGUGGAUAACUUGUUAUCGGGGUCUAUUCCUCCUUCGCUACUAAGGUUUCCAGCUUGGAACUUUGAUGGUAACCAAGGGCUUUGCGGUGCACCAUCGGAUGAUUGUCCCCGCUCCAGGAGGAGAUGGAGACCGGUACGAAUCAAGCUGCACAGGCUCAACGACGAGUCGAGCAUCGGAGCGGCCGUCGGAUUCGUCGUGGGGUUUGUGGUGGCCUUCUACUUCCCGCACUGUUUCGUCUGCUCCGAGAGGCUCCGUGCCUACGUCGUCCGCAUAUGA